AUGAAUCAAUGUAGCUUUAAUGUCUCAAUCAACUUCGCUGUUGCACAUCAAUUGGUGGCGAUUAAGAUAAUAGAUGUCGAGCAGGGCAAGAAGGAUUACGUGAUGAAGAACCUGACGAGGGAGGCUAAGGUGCUGUCGAUGCUACAGCAUCCAAGCAUCGUAAGACUCUACGAAACUAUCCGGUGCGGAUCCGUGUACUAUCUCGUGACGGAACUCGCGACCGGCGGCGACCUGUGCACGCACAUUAAGGAGCAGCCGGCCGGUAAACUGGACGAGAACACGGCGAGGCUCUAUGCCAGACAGCUGGUCGCCGCUCUCAAGCACAUGCACUCGAAAGGAGUCGUUCACCGGGAUCUUAAAAUGGAAAACAUUGUGCUGCAGGACGAGCGCAAGGAACAGAUCAAGAUAGUGGAUUUCGGUCUCAGCAACAUUUACGCCAGCGAUGAUCCUCUGCGAACGCAAUGCGGAUCUCCGGAGUAUGCUGCUCCUGAACUCUUUAUCGUGGGUAAACGAUAUGGGCCGGAAGUAGAUUUAUGGAGCCUAGGAGUCGUUUUGUACGGAAUGACAAUUGGUCGACUUCCGUUUCUGUGUCCUCGCGAUCAAUGGACGUCGUCGGAAGAACGUCGACGGAAAUUGAUGAUUCAAAUCAACAGGGGCUUGACGUCAAUCCAAGAAAAAGCCAUGUGUCAAACAUCGAUCGAAUGCAGAAACCUAAUAAGUCGCUUGCUUGUCCCAUUAGCUCGCGAGAGAAUUACUAUUCUAGAGAUCCUUGAUCAUCCAUGGAUUCUCACAUCGUCGAAAAAUAAUCUUUGUCUUGAAGACGACUUAAACGUUUCUGAUCAUCACGCGAUAAUAAACGAGAUUGCGACAGCAAUGCGAACAAAUGUGGCCGUUGUUGAGGCUGAAAUAAUAAGGCGAAAAUACGGGGAAAUUGGCGGCAUGUAUAAUAUCAAAAUGCAUAAAUUGCACCAAACAACCACUGCUGCUUAUCAAUUAACAUCACGACUUCUUCGAAAUUCCACAUGUCAAAUUGAAAAUGUAUCAUCAUCGACCAUGUCUAUCAGAACAAUGAAGGUCAAUUAUCGAAACGGUACAUCCAAAAAUUCUGACAAUACGGAUCGCAUAAUCGUUAUGCGACGCGGCCAGGUGCAAGAGCGGUCGGACAAGCAAUCCUCAUUACACGGUUCCACGACAUGGAACUGGCGGUGCCGCUCCGGAAACGGAAAUCGCUCUUCCGAAGAGCGGAGAAAUUCCAGAAUUCGUCACGAAACAUCUAUCGUGAACUCAUCUUUAUCGCCCCAGCAACAUUAUAUACCGCAAAUUUUAAAAAGUCAGGACGAUAGAAUUUCAGAUCGACGAUCAUAUAGAAACGAGACACAUCAAUCGAAAAAUUCCACGUCCUAUAUCAAUUCUAAAAAAAUGGGAAAGAGCGAAAGUUUCGCUAGAAACUGUAAGAACUAUGAAAUAAGCCCUAGUCCUUCAAGUUUGCAAACCUAUUCGCGUGUUAGCAGCGAAAGCAUGCCUACUUCGCGAAAUAAAGAAAGCUUUCAUAAAAAAAUUCUUACUCCACAAUGGCGAUAUCGAGUUGCAAGUGCGAAAAUUAGAAGAAAUAUGUAAAAAUUGAAAUAUUUUUGAAAUGGUUGGAUAAUAAUAACGACGUUAUUAUUUUCUCUAGCGAAUACUGCUAUUGUAUAAAUAUAUAUACGUCUAUUGAAAAUUAAUUUCAUUAAA